AUGCGCCGCCUCCCCUACAUCCCCGCCCGCGACUCGCGCCACCGCACUGCCGUCCUCGCCCUCUACCGCGCCCUCGUCCGCUCCGCCAGCCAAAUCCCCCUCCCGCCCGACGUCCUGGCCCGCGCUGCCGCCCCCGUCUCCUCCUCCCCGGCCUCCGCCCCCGGCCCCGGCCCCGUGGUCCAGGUCGUCCGCCGGCGCUUCGCCAAGAACCGGCCCUAUGACAGUCUCCGCCUCGUCUACGCCUCCAUGGCCGCUGGGUACCGCUUCCUCACCCUCUUCGCAAAGGCCCGCGACCCCGCGUCCGCAGAGCACGCCCAGGUCGUCGACCACGUCCGCGCCCGCCUCGAAUCCUCGGCCGCAUCGCGCGCUGCCCGGGCCGCCGCGCCAUCUGCAAACCCAUCGCCGGCAUCGGGUCCGCUACGUACCAAGGAGCCCCUUAUCUUUAACACGGCAUCCCCCGGCCAGUCGCCCCGAUACACCUCGUCGGUGCUGCCCCGCCCCAGGUCGGUCCUUGACGACGGCGACAAGACGUCGCGCCGCGUGCCCUCGCUCUGCUCCACCAGCUACGGCCAGCCCUUUCUGCGCAUGCGCAAGCCCCAGCCGCGCGCCCUGUCGAAAAUGGUCGGGCUCAAGGACCGCUUCUUCCAGAAAAAGGUCUACAAGGUUGUCGAGAUCAACGAAGACCUCGUCCCAGAGGCCCUGCUCGAGGACGAGUGGGACGCCCUCGUCGCCGACCAAAUAGCCAGGGAGCUCGGCCCUCGCGCCGCCACUGCCCACGACGACCGCCACCGCGGCCACGAGGCCACCCACGUCUGGACCCUGCUGCUGGCCAGGCUCUGGUCCGAGUUCCAGAUAGAGAAGACGUGGCAGGACUGGACCGCUCGCGGCACCGCCCUCAACCAGCUCGUCGAAGAGGAGCGCGCCCUGGCCGAGCACGAGAGCGGGGCGCCCAGGCCCGCCCGUCAGCAGCCACGCGCCGACCAUCGGGCGAGUGGCCAAGGCGCGUCGGGCCAAGACAUACGCCCCAAUGUGGGCGAGUGGCCCUUUGCGCCGUUGCCUUUCUUCGAGUGCCUCAAACGCGCGCCGACAAAAUACCAUACUGGGGCCGACGAUGGCAAAGACCCCUUCCUCUCCCCGACCUGGGCCACGCUCGUCGAGGCCCAAGACACAAGGCUAAAGUCAUGGCUCAAGGCCUGCGGAGCCGAUCAUGUCCCUGCCCCUAGCAGGCCUACAGGGCCAAAUCAUGGCGCCAGGGCACGGGGGUCCUCGGAACAUCUCAUAGAACAGCCAUCUGGAGUAUCUGGCAUCGAACCCGGGCGUUGGUAG